AUGCUCAGAGGCAGGCUCUGUGAAGCCCACCUCAGAAAGUCUGUUGCAGGACCAACAGAUGAACAUAGAGGUGAAGUUCUGCAGUCCUGGGCGGCAUGGGAUUUCCGGCGGAACAGAGUAAAGAAGCCUCCCCAACCACCCUUCAGGCAGUUGCUACACCAAAAGCCGUGGUACCUUGAGACCACACAGCCCAGAACCCCACCUGCCUCUUGUACGUCUGAAUGUGCUCCUCAUCAGAAAGGCAGCCCUGAAAGGCAUGGCCUCCGUCUCUUCUCGGAGCUUACCUGCAUCUACUUGGCCCUCAUCCUGCACUACCCUGAGGUCCCAGAGGAUAAGAUCAACGCCUUCAUUAAAGCAGCUGGUGUAAAUGUUCGACAUUUCUGGCCGGGUUUGUUUGCGAAGGCCCUGGCCAACGUCCACAUCCACAUCGGGAGCCUCGCCUGCAAUGUAGGGGCUGGUGGACCCGCCCGGGUGGCAGCCUGUGCUGCACCAGGGAGUGGUCCUGCCUCCUUCACCACUGCUGUCCCCGCUGAGAAGAAAGUGCAGGCAAAGAAAGAGGAAUCUGAGCAGUCUGAUGAUGACAUGGGCUUUGGGCUUUUUGACUAAACCUCUUCCGUAACCUGUUCAAUAAAAAGCUGGACUCUUAAAAAUAAAUUAAAUAAAUAAAUAAAUAAACAUUGAAAACCUGAAAUCUAAACAAACAAAUAAAUAAAGAUACUAUUAGCUUCUUUUUGGAAAUUAUGGCUUUUGUAUAUGUCAUUAUUAGGAGCUCUGAUUUCUUUUAAGGUAUUCCUGGAAUAAGAAUUACAGUUCAAGGGGCUGAACCUAAAACCAGUCGAGACUGGAGCUAAUUAUGUGGAGCCCAGUCUUCAGAGGUUACCCAAGCCCUGUCCUGGGCUCUGUCCUGUGCUCCAGUCUGUCCUCUCCUGUCCCCGGCUAGGCUCUGCCUUAGGAUGAAUUGCCCUCCGUGCGUGUCUCAGAGCUCUCAGUACCAGCGCAACUGUUAUUAAUCCCACUGCCCAUUCUUGAUGUCAUUUCCUGAAUUUUGGAUGAACCUUGACACCCAAGGACCUUUAGAUUCCAUCCCUGUCCAGUCCCUUCUCUGGAGUCAAUAGACCAAGCUAACACACAUCCCUGCAGAAAUAUCUGGACCAGGAAGGCUGAAAGCAAUCACAGUUUUUCUUUAUAUAGAGCUUUACAUGAUUUAUCAACUCAAUUUUCUAUACUUGUAUAUUGAGGGGAAAAAAAGAAAAAGAAAGGCCAAAUUAGAUACUUUUCUCCUAGAAAAUUGAAUGUGUAUUAUGCAUGUGGACAUAUUUAUUUAUGAUGUACGUUCUUCCAUUUACUGGACUUGUGGUAGCUUUCAUAUCUUUUUAAAGUGCCAGAUAAGAUAUUUAUAUCUGCAUCCCAAAUGUCUAGCCUAGUGCUUGGUAUAUGGUAGAUACUCAGUAAAUGUUUGUUAAAUCAAAUUGAAUUUUAAAAUAGUGCAGAGAUGGUUUAUAGGAAGGAAGUGAUCAUACCAGAUGUCUGAAUGCAAUAGAAUCUUAUCAUUGGGCCAUUAAUUUGACUCUGAGCUUCCUAAAUUCAGCACAGUAUUCCCUUUGUAAUAAAUGGUCCAGGAUUUAGUUUCUGACAGAAGAGCAUAUAAACCUUACUUUGAAAGUAAAAGAAUAUAAAAUUUAUCUUAGCAGGCCAAAUAUAAAGAAGUGGUAAAACAUAGUGUCCAGUAUCUUUGACUGUGUUUUUCUUUUCUACUUACAUAAAAGAAGAUGCAGAAAUAUUUUUAAAGUGAAUAAUUCUUAUUUCCACACUCUCAAUGGUAGAAGGCACAAUACUACACCUCAUUUCAAUGAUGGAAUUCUCUGUAGACCGGAGAUAAUGCUGUCUAGGAAUCCUCUAUUUGUAUUCCAAUUUAAUAUAAUAGGACUUGUAUAAUUUAAAUGAAUGGUUUCCUAUUAAACUAUCACUUUCAAAUAUUAGUAUUCCUGGCAAGUUCCCAGUGCCAGUCAGUUCGCAAUUCUCCAGCAAGUACCUGUAGCUCAGCUAGUCUUGGUUUCUGAUUGACAGAAACAAUCUCAACAUGAGGAGGCACCACUGACAAUCAGUGAUGGGUGGAUUAGGAGCCUGACUUGUGUCCUUACUUGGAGAGAAGCCAGUUCAUUUCAGCACAAGAUUGAGACCCAAGGUGGGUGCCUGGGUGGCUCAGUCUGUUGAAGAAGCCACUCUACAUUUUGACUCAGGUUAUGAUCCCAGGGUCGUUGUGGGAUCAAGCCCUGUGUCAGGCUGAGCAUGAACAUCCUUAAGAUUCUCUCUCUCUCUCUCUCUCUC